GAGACGGCGAUGAGUAAAUUUUUUCAAUUGUUUUAUUAAAUUUUGCCUCUUCUUACACAAUACACUAUAAAUGGACAAACCAAACAUCUAUACAACAUAUUAAAUAGUUGUGUGUUUAACGAAUCAACGACCAACGCGACAAAGUGACGGAAUAAAUAAAACGUGCGGAGAUGGAGGAUAACUCAGAUGUUAAUAGGGAGACUGAUGUGUCGUCGACGACAGCAGAUGUCCCAGAGACUGGGGAAGCUGCAGGAACAAAGAGUAAUGUUGAGAUGGUAAUAGUUGUAGAGAAAAUGGAGGUAGACUCUAGUAAUGAGGAGGCAGAGAGCCCGCCGAUUACUGCAGCGGAUAUGGAAGACCAAGUCCAUAAUUUUUCAAAAGAACUGCCUAAGAAAGAUGCUUCACCAUUAAAGUCCAAGGAAUCACCUAAAAAGAAAUCUUCUCCAGAAAAAGGUACCAUAUCACCAAUAAAAUUUGUUCAUUCUCCAAGAGUUGUUAUCACACCUUCCAACAUAGGAGACAUUAAGCAAUCUCAAACUACUUUAGUAGCUAAAGAUAAUAAUUUAGAAAGUUCAGAUCAUACUGUUGAUUCUUCUCACAAGGCCUUAUCUUCAAGUCAAGAAAGUGAGAAUUAUGUUGAUGAAAGUAAAUCAUUAGAUUGUUCAGAAAAUGCAAUAUCAUCGGGAGUGCAGGAAUCAACUUUGAGACAAAGUCCACAAACAUUAGUUUCCUCACCUAAAAGGAAAUCAACUUUACUUAAAGAUGUGCCAGAAACCACACAGAAAGAUGCUUUGGAUAAAGUGUUACCCGAAACUACACAAAAGCUAUCCACUGUUAAUUCUGCAUCUGAAACAAUGCAGUCUAAUGAUAUACCUGUAAUGGAAAAAGCUCAAUCUGAACUAGUAGAGCAGUUGGAAAAUGGGGACAGCCAGAAGUUGGAUGAAUCUUGCAAAACAUCAAUAGAUAGUCAUUGUGAUAAGUCAAAUGAUUCUCAACUUGAUACUGGCUCUGAUGUAAGUGAAAAGGAGCACAAUAAAAGUAUAAGCCGAGAGCUUAAGUCUCUCAUUAAGUCUGCCAAAGAAUCUAAGAUAAUUAGUGAAUGUACACAAUUGACAAGCAAAACAAGAAAGUCCAGAACAUGUUUAGACAGUUCAAGUCCAAGUUUGAAUACUUCUCUCGACGCAGAGAAGAUAGGUGGUAUUCGUCGUAAUAGUAAUUUAUCUUCUAAGAGCAACUGUAGUGAGAAGUCUGAAAAGGCAGCAAAGCGUUCUAUGAGAUCGCAGAACCCUGAGUUUGUGCAUAAAGUCAAACAGUUCCUGAACUCUGUCACUGGAAAGGGUCCUCGUGAGUCUGAUGAUGACCAGGAUUCGGAAGCAAAGAAAGAGAGUGAGAUAUCACCUAAGAAGAAAAAGUUAGGAGAAGCACCAUAUUCACCACUUACAGGAGAGAAAAAGCUAAGAGCAGACCCAUAUUGUUGGCGCUGCAAUUGGGCAGUGGAACAAGUGAACACUGAGAAAGGUCAUCCACCCAUGCAAUGCACGGUUUGUCCGCGGAGUUAUCAUUACAAAUGUCUAUCUAGUACUGAGAGAAGUAAGAUAGAUACCAAACGGAGUUGGGUCUGCCCUGAAUGCUUGAGUAUAUUGCAUGCUGAAAGUUCAGAUACUAGAUCUUUAUCCAUGAAGAAAAUCUCUCUGGGGCUUCUUUGUGAGUUACUGCACCACGCAUUAGUGAGAAUGAUGGAUCUCAAUGGGGUGGAACCCUUCAUGCAGCCCGUGGAUCGGACUGAAUUCCCAGACUACGAUAAAUAUGUCGUCCAUCCAAUGGACCUAUCGCUUAUGAAACAAAACAUUACCAAUGGUCUAUACGGAAGCACGGAAGCUUUCAUGGCUGACGCGCAAUGGAUUCUGCACAACAGUAUUAUCUUCAACACAUGUUUGAACGUUUCAGUGCAGUCGAAGUUUACGGGCGCGGCGCGUGCGCUCGUGCGCUUGUGUCGCGCGGAAAUGGGCGAGAUUGAGGCGUGCCCGGAGUGUUACGCGGCCGCGCAUGCGAGGAAACCCACGUGGUUUACCGAUGUGUGCUCCACGCCGCAUGUGCUGCUGUGGGCUAAGCUCAAAGGUUUUCCCUACUGGCCGGCGAAAGGCAUGUCCGUAAAUAACGCUGGUUUAGUCGAUGUAAGAUUUUUCGGCGCACACGAUCGCGCCUGGGUACCCGCUAAAGAUUGUUACUUGUACUCUGAGAAGGAUCCUAAUAACUUCCGAACGAAGAGACAAGAUAUAUUGGAUAGUAUGCAGGAAGCAGAACAACACAUACGUAGUAUAUCAAGAAAAUAUGGCAAAUUCAUAUACCCACCGUUCAAGACUCCAUUUGAGCCAAGCAAACUUCCUGAGCAAUUGAAAAUGAUGAUACCAACAUAUGAAGGUGAAUUGAAGGUUCCACUUAAAGAUAAAAGUUCAACAGCAUCGCCUAAAAUAAAGGAAAAACGCCGGUCGAACUCCAAAAGUUCAAAGAGUUCUGUUAUUGACGGUGAAACAAGUGAAAGUGAAGAAGCACAAACACGAAAAAUGGCUGAUGGUGCGGAAAUUGCGAAAGAUGAAGAUUUCAAGCUACAGAUAGAAUCAGAUAAAUCUAUGGAAAUAGAUGAAAAUGAAGUAAAAAAUACAACAAGAAAACGUCGCAGAUCCGAUCUAGAAGAGGCAGUCAUUACAAUAAUUGAUAGCAGUUCAACAGACAGACAAAUAGAUAGUGGUACGAGUACUCCAAAACGAGCUAAGGUGAAUGGUGAAGCUAAUGCUCAAACUAAAGAUGUAGUCACUGAAAGACCUACAGAUAAAGAAAAGACUGAAGAAAAUGGUCAAGAGAAAAAUGCUGAGGACCCUGUUAAAGACAAGACAGAGAAAACAAGUACAGAAACAGUGCAAGAUUGUGAAGUGCUACCAAGUAGUACCACAGAAAAGCCAAUAAAGGAAAAAUCCCCCAUCACUAGUACACCUAUUGCUAAUUCUACCCCUAAAAGAAACAGUCUAAAGGAUAAGUCAGAAAAGCAUUCGCCUAAGCCAAGAGCAUCCCGUGUUGAAAAGUCCAGUUCUAGUGACAAAGAGAAGCGAGAAGAAAGGAUAAAACAUAAAAUAAGAAUAUCUAGAAAUAAAUCGCUCAAUAAUAGUAAAACGGAAUUGAAUACCAGUAAGGUAUCAAAUAAAGAUGCUAACAACAGCAAACAAAAGGAUAAAAAGGAUAAGAAUUCAGAAACACCAAAAGAUAAAAAUACUUCGAAACAAGAUAUGCCAAAAGAUAAAAAUACUUCUAAACAAGAUACGCCAAAAUCUACAAAAGAUCGCUUGCAGUUCGACGAUGAUACUUCUCUAGCUGUAAUUGCUCGAGAUUCGCCAAAGAAUACGAACGGGACAGGCAUGCCAACAAUCACUAGUGUUAGAAGUCUAUCAACUAAUCAGCAAGAUGCAUUCGCAAAUAACUCGAAUGCUAAAACUAUUGAAGUGACGAUCGAACCGAACUCUACGGCUAGCAUUUUCAUACCGACGAGUACGGAUAAUGUUCGCAAUAUGAAAGAAGCAGCCACCAAACUACAGAAGCUACGGGAGGGUUCAGACGUGCCGGUCGGUCGCGUUGGCGUCAGAGCGUUUGCUCGUAUGAAGUCACCUGAAGCAUCACCACCGAAACCCACCAAUAGCAUGGAAAUCGAAAUUAAAACGGAACCACUGGACAUUGACGACGCGGAUAGACAAAAUGAAAAAAUGGAUCUCAUGGAAGCGUGCAACUUGCGGCCGGUCAAUCCUCCCGUGAAUAGGUUACGUGAAGUGAGAAUAAAUAAAGUGAUUGUGUCGCCGUUGGCAAGGAAAACGGCACCAAAACCGCCCGAGGUUCGCGUAAAGGCUAAGAAAACGUUCCCGCAACCGAAAAAGCCAGAUGAAGGGCGAUCGGAGUUAAAUUCAAAGAACUCUAUGGUGUAUAUUCCAAUCCAGCCGGCGACGGCGCAGGCUCCAGUGCGGCCCACGAGGCCUGUUGCGGUUAAUGGGCCAAGUGCACAGGCUCGAUCUCAAGCUCCAGUCUCUAGUGUUGCCAACAGUUCGAUAAAUACAGUAACUUCACCCGUCAUCUCUUCCACGAUCGGCUCUAUGGUUAGCCUCACAAGCAGUACAUCGACGACCACAGUUAUAGCCAGUUCGAACACGCCGAAAAUGGCACAAUUGCCCACAAUACAGUCGCUCGGCACGAUACCGGGGAUUGGUCAAACGAAUGUGCAUACAGUGCCUUUGAUUACUUCUCUGAAUGGGCAAUGGACGUUUAGCUUGCAGCCGAUGAUGUCUGUUGGUGGUGUCGAUAAUGCAUCAAAUUCUCCAAUCGUAAACGGUUUAGGAGACAGGAAUAGUGCGGGCACUCUGGUGGCCGUGCCCACUCCGGCGAGUGUGGCUUCAAUAUUACCACAAAUUAACUCCGCUAACAAUAGGACGGAUGAUGCUGUUACUGAAUUACCACGACUACAACAGAGGCCGCUACUGAACCCGUUCGAUUCAGCAACACCAAUAGGGAGUGUACCACCUCCGUCCACAGCUGGGCCGCUAACCGCCAAACUCAACCAGAAUGCCGUUAAGCUGACGGAUUUCUUCCGGACGCUUCUAGAAGAUUCCUUGGACAAGAUCAACGAGCCGGCGGCCGUUGUGACGUCACUCAAGCUGCAGUUAGAGCAACUGCAGUGGAAACAUAAACAAGAGAUCGAGGAAUUGAAACAUAACUAUGAGCUAUCGCUAGUAGAAAUGCGGGCGUCGUUCGACAAGGAGAAAGCCCGCGUCGUGAGCGAGGCGCGGAGAAGCGCUCAGGUUGAACUCGAGGCGGCUGUUAAAGCGGCAAAGACGAAACAAUGGUGCGCGAACUGCAUGCAAGAGUCGCAGUACUACUGCUGUUGGAACACGUCGUACUGCGACUACGGGUGUCAGCGCGCGCACUGGCCGCACCACGCCGCGCUCUGCACGCAGCAGAGGAGCCAGGAUAAAAGUGGAAGUGACAGCAACUCAAAGGACAUCCACAAGAGACUCCAACCUGCUCCUGAUCUACCAGCAUUGCAGAAGAACGCGCCGAUACCAUCGCUAACUGUUGGCGGGAAAGUCGCAACUCGCGUGUUCGCCGACCAGAUGCACCAGAAGACCUCUCUCAUAGUGAGCGUGAUGGAAGAUAGUAGCGGCAAUCAAACUAUGAAGUGCGUGGGCACUUACAAGGCCCCGAAUCCGCCGCUUAUUAUUAAUAAGCAAUUGAAGAACAACGAAGAAGCAGGCACAAAGAAGGUAACCACGUCCGGAGGUUACUUGAUAGUGGGCAGCGGUAAUACAGUGAACACACCACGGCGUCCGCACGCGAUCCAAUACGUGCAUACAUAGGACUGGGCCACACAAGCCUGCGACACACAGUAUGUGCAGUUGCAGGUUGUGAACAGUGACAAUGUGCUGUACUAUGUGGUGGACGAUUAAAAAAAAUAAAAAUCGUUUAUUGUCAACAAACCACAAAACAUUACUUAUAGUGAAAAAGUGGUCGGAAUAAGUGCUAUACAUGCCGACACAUAUAUGCCGACACGGAUGGGCAGUGUUGGGCGAGUAGGGGAGUAUAUCUAUAGUGUAGAGGGCCUAAAUAUCUAUGAUUGGACGUCAUUGUAG